CCUCGGCGGAGUCGGUGUCGGCGGCCGGGGCUGAGCUGUGAGUUUCCGAUUGAGAGCAGCGCUGGGGAAGAUGGCGGCGAGCGGAUCAAAAGAUUUGCUGAACAGCGGACUCAGAGAUCGGUAAAAAUAAGCUCCUACCUGAACCUCACUGACUGGGCGCCAGUUGCUGGUCUGUGUUCAAGAUGAGUGGACUAGGUGAAAGCUCCUUGGAUCCACUGACCACUGAGUCUCGAAAACGCAAAUUGCCUUGUGAUGCUCCAGGACAGGGUCUUGCCUACAGUGGUGAAAAGUGGAGACGGGAGCAGGAGAGCAAAUACAUAGAAGAAUUGGCUGAGCUGAUAUCUGCAAAUCUUAGCGAUAUUGACACUUUCAAUGUCAAACCAGAUAAAUGUGCGAUUUUAAAGGAAACAGUGAGACAGAUACGUCAAAUAAAAGAACAAGGAAAAACUAUUUCCAGUGAUGAUGAUGUUCAGAAAGCUGAUGUGUCUUCUACAGGACAGGGGGUCAUUGAUAAGGAUUCUUUAGGACCACUUUUACUACAGGCACUGGAUGGUUUUCUGUUUGUGGUGAAUCGAGAUGGCAACAUUGUAUUUGUGUCAGAAAAUGUCACACAGUAUCUGCAGUACAAGCAGGAAGACCUGGUUAACACAAGUGUCUACAGCAUCUUACAUGAGCAGGACCGGAAGGACUUCCUUAAACACUUGCCCAAAUCCACAGUUAAUGGAGUUUCUUGGACUAACGAGACCCAGAGACAAAAAAGCCAUACAUUUAAUUGUCGUAUGUUGAUGAAAACACAUGAUAUUUUGGAAGACAUGAAUGCCAGUCCUGAAACUCGCCAGAGAUAUGAAACAAUGCAGUGCUUCGCCCUGUCCCAGCCCCGAGCUAUGCUGGAAGAAGGGGAAGACUUGCAGUGCUGUAUGAUCUGUGUGGCACGCCGAGUGACUACGGGGGAAAGGGCAUUCCCAUCGAGUCCUGAGAGCUUUAUCACCAGGCAUGACCUUUCAGGAAAGGUUGUCAAUAUAGAUACAAACUCACUUAGAUCUUCCAUGAGGCCUGGCUUUGAAGAUACCAUCCGAAGAUGUAUCCAGAAAUUCUUCAGUAUGAAUGAUGGGCAGUCAUGGUCCCAGAAGCGCCACUAUCAAGAAGCUUAUAUUCAUGGCCAUGCAGAGACCCCAGUGUAUCGCUUCUCAUUGGCGGAUGGAACUAUUGUGAGUGCACAGACGAAAAGCAAACUCUUGCGAAAUUCUGUAACGAAUGAUCGUCACGGCUUCGUCUCGACCCACUUUCUUCAGAGAGAACAGAAUGGGUAUAGACCGAACCCAAAUUCUGUAGGACAAGGCAUCCGACCUCCUGCAGCAGGGUGUGGCGUGAACAUGUCUCCCAAUCAGAGUGUCCAAACACUGGGCAGCAGGACCUACAGUGUGGCGGACCCCAGCAACUCGGGGCAGAUGGGUGGAGCUAGGUAUGGGCCUUCCAGUAGCAGCAUAGCCUCACUGACCCCAGGACCAAGCCUGCAGUCACCGUCUUCCUACCAGAAUAGCAGCUAUGGGCUCAACAUGAGCAGCCCCCCGCACGGCAGUCCUGGUCUUGGCCCCAGCCAACAAAACAUCAUGAUUUCUCCUCGGAAUCGCGGGAGCCCAAAGAUGGCCUCACACCAGUUUUCUCCUGUUGCAGGUGUGCACUCUCCCAUGGGAUCUGCUGGCACUGCAGGGAGUCACAGCUUUUCCAGCAGCUCCCUCAGUGCCUUGCAAGCCAUCAGCGAGGGUGUGGGCACUUCUCUCUUAUCCACUCUGUCUUCCCCAGGCCCCAAACUGGACAACUCUCCCAACAUGACUGUAAAUCAGCCAAGUAAAGUGAGCAGGCAGGACUCUAAGAGUCCCCUAGGCUUGUACUGUGAACAGAAUGCAGUGGAGAGUUCAGUGUGUCAGUCAAACAGCAGAGAGCACCCCGGUGACAAAGAGAGCAAGGAGAGCAGUGGGGAGGGGCCGGAGACUCAGAGGGGUCCCCUGGAAAGCAAAGGCCACAAGAAACUGCUGCAGCUGCUCACCUGCUCCUCUGAUGACCGAGGCCGUUCCUCCUUGACCAACUCCCCCCUGGAUUCAAAUUGCAAAGACGCUUCCAUUAGUGUCACCAGCCCCUCUGGAGUGUCCUCCUCCUCCUCAGGAGCAGUGUCCUCCACCUCCAACGUGCAUGGCUCUCUGCUGCAAGAGAAGCAUCGGAUUUUGCACAAGCUGCUGCAGAAUGGCAACUCACCAGCGGAAGUCGCCAAGAUCACGGCAGAAGCCACUGGAAAAGACACUAGCAGUUCUGCUUCCUGUGGAGAAGGGAGUGUGAGGCAGGAGCAGCUGAGUCCCAAGAAGAAGGAGAAUAAUGCCCUUCUCAGAUACCUGCUGGACAGGGACGACCCUAGCGACGCUCUUGCCAAAGAGCUGCAGCCCCAAGCAGACGGCGGUGGCGGUGGCGACAGUAGGCUGAGUCAGUGCAGCAGCCCCACCAAUCCCAGCUCCAGCCAAGACAAAGACUCCAAAGUUAAGACGGAGACGAGGGAGGAGGUAUCUGGAGACCUGGAUAAUCUAGAUGCUAUUCUUGGUGAUUUGACUAGUUCUGAGUUUUACAACAAUCCUGUAUCUACAAAUGGCAGUCAUCCAGGGACCAAACAGCAGAUGUUUGCAGGACCAAGUUCUCUGGGUUUGCGAAGUCCACAGCCUUUGCAGCCCGUUCGUCCUCCAUAUAACAGAGCCUUGUCUCUAGAUAGCCCUGUUUCUGUUGGCUCAGGUCCUCCAGCGAAGAAUGGCAGUGCUUUCCCUGUGUUACCAAAACAGCCCACGCUGGCUGGGAAUCCAAGAAUGAUGGAUAGUCAGGAGAAUUACGGUGCCAGUAUAGGAGGACCAAACAGAAAUGUUGCUGUGAAUCAGACCUCUUCCUCAGGAGAGUGGGGCUUAGUGAACUCAAAGGCCAGCAGAAUGGAACCCAUGGGAUCGAGUCCUGUGGGAAGAGCAGGAGACUACAGUGCCACUUUGCCAAGACCUGCCAUGGGGGGCUCAAUGCCCACGUUGCCUCUUCGUUCUAAUAGAAUACCAGGUGCAAGACCAGCAUUGCAGCAGCAGCAGCAGCAACAACAACAACAACAGCUGCUUCAAAUGAGAAGUGGUGAGAUUCCUAUGGGAAUGGGCGUCAACCCCUAUGGCCAAGCAGCACCAUCUAAUCAACCAGGCUCCUGGCCAGAGGGCAUGCUGUCUAUGGAACAAGGUCCUCAUGGGACUCAAAAUAGGCCUCUUCUUAGAAAUUCUCUGGAUGAUCUGCUUGGUCCGCCUUCUAACCCAGAAGGCCAGAGUGAUGAAAGAGCUUUGCUGGAUCAGCUGCACACACUCCUGAGCAACACAGAUGCCACAGGCCUGGAGGAAAUCGACAGGGCCUUGGGCAUUCCUGAGCUUGUGAAUCAGGGGCAAGCUUUGGAGGCCAAACAAGACAUUUUUCAAGGCCAAGAAGCAGCAGUGAUGAUGGACCAGAAGGCAGCACUAUAUGGACAGACGUUCCCAGCCCAGGGUCCUCCAAUGCAAGGAGGCUUUAACCUUCAGGGACAGUCGCCAUCUUUUAACUCCAUGAUGAAUCAGAUUAGCCAGCAAGGCAGCUUUCCUCUCCAAGGGAUGCAUCCCAGAGCCAGCAUUGUGAGACCACGGACAAACACCCCAAAGCAGCUGAGAAUGCAGCUUCAGCAGAGGCUGCAGGGUCAGCAGUUUUUAAAUCAGAGCCGGCAGGCACUUGAAAUGAAAAUGGAAAACCCUACUGGUGGUGCUGCUGUGAUGAGGCCCAUGAUGCAGCCCCAGCAGGCUUUCUUUAAUGCUCAGAUGACUGCCCAGCAAAAGCGAGAGCUGAUAAACCAUCACCUGCAGCAGCAGCAGCAGCAGCAACAAAGAAUGGCGAUGAUGAUGUCACAGCCGCAGCCUCAGGCCUUCAGCCCACCCCCCAAUGUCACCGCUUCUCCUAGCAUGGAUGGGCUUUUGUCAGGACCAGCAAUGCCACAAGCCCCCCCGCAGCAGUUUCCAUAUCCAACAAACUAUGGGAUGGGACAACCACCAGAUCCAGCCUUUGGGCGAGUAUCCAGUCCUCCCAAUGCAAUGAUGUCAUCAAGAAUGGGGCCUUCCCAGAAUGCCAUGGUGCAGCAUCCUCAGACUGCACCUAUGUAUCAGUCCUCAGAAAUGAAGGGGUGGCCAUCAGGGAACCUGGCCAGAAGCAGCUCCUUUCCCCAGCAGCAGUUUGCUCCCCAGGGGAACCCUGCAGCAUAUAGCAUGGUCCACAUGAACAACAGUGCUGCUGGGCACUUGGGACAGAUGAACAUGGCCCCCAUGCCCAUGUCUGGCAUGCCCAUGGGUCCUGAUCAGAAAUACUGCUGACAUCUCCCUAGUGGGACCGAUACGGAAAUCACUGUACAAAUGACACUCAAUGCACAGGACCAUCGGGAGGUUAACCAAGGACCAGCUUGACCACCAGGGUGCUCCAAUGCUGUCAUUUGAGUGGGACUGGGUCUCAAGCUGAAGCGCACUGUCUACCUGAUGCCCUGCCUCUGUGUGGCAUGGUGUUCUGCCUCAUGGGGAUGUGAUUCUGGAGAUAGGAAUUGCAUAGUCACCACUCUCCCGGGUCACUUCCUUCUGCCUCGCCAGCCAAAGUCUUCACAUAAGUCUAGGUGGCUAGGGUUUCUGUCUUGUAGCACUGGUCGAGGAGCACUGUCUGUCUUCAAGUGUUUGUCACCAAGUAGUUCUGUGUCGCUCUUCUGUCCGGUGGAACCAGUGUUUCUGCGCUCUUGUCCUUUACAGGUGUAGUCCCCAGAGUCUGUUGUCUUAGGUUUUCUCCUGAUGAGGUCCCAAUACCCUGUGAUUCUCAAGGAUUUGUCAUUGAUGUUAAAUGGCUUUGCAGAAGGGAAAAUGAGAUGACAAUACUGACUUUUCCCAUGCUGAUGUGCAGCCAAGUGCACUUUACUUAGGAAAUCGCGGAGAAAUGCAAUAUUCCCGAGGGCGUGAGGAAUGGUGAGCCACGUUCCUGGUUUUUGUCUGCACUAAUCUGUUAGGACAAGAACAUGAUUGUUGUUUGUUUGUUUGUUUUCUUUCAAGUACUGGCGUCACCCUUUGCCUAUAUGGUAGAGCAAUAAUGCUUUGAAAUAAACUUGUGAAACCCAAGGCCAGGUACUGCACUCUGAAUCAGAAGCUCGCAGUGUUUCUGUGAAUAGAUUUCCUUUUUGUAAAUACGAUCUUUUAAGAUAUUGUAUUAUGUAAAAAUAUGUACAUACCUUUUUUUUUUUUGUAGGUCACAGCAGCUCAUUUUUACAGAGUUUGUGAAGCUAAAUAUUUAACAUUGUCAAUUUCUGUAAACUCCAUGCAGUGAGGCUACAAGCAGGAGACAUCCGGAAUGCCAGAGCCUGGGGAGGAAGAGCAGCCUGCAGCCUUCCCACCUCACCUUAGAGGCCUCCCUCCCUCCCUCCCUCUUGAGUCUCCCAACCCUAACCUUUUUAAAGUAAUCAUUUGUUUAGAUGUAGUCAUUUUAAAAUUUUAAAAAUUUAUUUACCAGAGAACUACGCACUUUGUUAAUUUGGGUGAAGGAAUAGAUACGGGGAAAUGAGCUUUUAAAAAACCACCCAAGAAUUUAAAAAAGAAAAAAAAUCAAAUUGAUUUCAAAAAGAAUCUUUCUUUGCAUUUUUUAAGCAAUCCAUAAAUUCAAUGAUAAUAGUAUAUAGCCCAUUCAUCCUUUUAGGAGUGAUUUUGGUUGCUAGGACCUGAGCCCCAGGUUUAGCUGGAAGGCACUGGGGCUUUGCUGUGUGGUCUGCUGUCUGCUCAGCUCUCCUGUUGUUCUGCUCAUGGGGUCUCUCACUACCUCUCUGCAUCAGGAUGCUAAAUCCGAACCAGGCCUGCCACUGCUGCGGCUCAGAGGGAGGCCUUGUCACUCGCUAGCCCCUCCCCGCCACUGCUCUUGCCUCCUCUUGGCACCUGUUCUCGGCAGUUUGGAGUAGGAGAAAAUCAGAUUUAAUGCCCUUUAGUUGGGUUUUCUUAGGUUCAGACAAUUAAGUGGAAUUGGAUUGCUAGACUAUCGGUAGCUUUCAGAGAUCCCUGCCAGCCUUGGCAUUUCUGAGAGCCAGUUAACUUUUCAAAGUCACACAUUUAGCCGCUUGUUCUCCUUGUCCCUGAAGGGACAUCACUCCAUUCUUCUGUCUGUGAAUAAGUGAAGCUUGCUUCCAGAGCCACCUCAAGUAUGGACUUGACUUUCCAACGUGUUUAGGUCAUGAUGGGCUCCCCCUGUGACUGACCUACUGUCUCAGAUUGUAAAUCCACACGCUUCCAUUGUGUCGCUAUGCUUUGCAGGUGACACCUCUGGCUGAGUCCAGCUGGGCGUGGCCGAGACAUCCAUGCUUAGACCGUGUGUAGCCCACAGUGGUGCUCCUGCCUCUUUUAAAGACAUUUACAACCCAACUUUGUGAUUCUUUCCUCAGCACCCCAAUGCCAGGCUAACUGGUUGGCACCCCUUUUGUAUGGGGGAAAAUGAAGUACAUUAUGUUUUUAUAUUUUCUACUUAUUUUUAUUGGUGCAAAUUCAGAAUUCUGAUUUUCUUUGAACAGUCUUUGGGAUAAUUUGUUGUUUUUACCUGACUUGCCCUUUAGUCUUUUUUGGAACAUUCUCUUUGUACUCCUGUUGCCUACCUCGCCUCCCCCUCCUCCCUCGCCCCUUUUUCAACCUAGGUGUCUUUUGGGCGAACAGUUUAAUCUUAACAUCUGCUUUGAUGAUGUGGGACAUUUCCAGUACCUACUUUUUUGCUGAAUCCAAAGAUAUAUAAAUAAAAAUAUAUUUUAUGAAGAUCAAAUGAUAUUAAGGAAACAUUUCUUCAAAAAUAAGUGAAGCUGUACUGUUUGCUGUUGGUAUUAGCAUGCUCUCUCUCUCUCUCUGAACUGUGCCCUGUCGUUAACAGCUGUUCUUCAGGAUUAAAUGCUGAGAUGAGUUGGGGGUAUGCAGCAGUGGGUACUGCAGAAGGUAAUGGCUUGACAGCCAAAAGUUUCUUGAUUCAGAGGCAGAUGCAGCUGGACCAUCCAGAGGAUUGCCAGUUGCCCACAGGCCAGUUCAGUCCCUUUUGAUCUGCAGAGGGAGGUCGUGAGUUCUGUUCCAAGUGGGGUGUUCACAGGAGCAAGCCUCUAGGCUAGCUGAAACUGAUCCUGCCUUGAAGCACCAGGGGUCAUUGCAGUGUGGAUGGUUUAAAAAUCUCCAGUCCAGAUGGUUUAAAAAGCAGGGCAUUAGUUUUUGUUCUUGCCCCCCUUUCUCUUCUCUUUGAAUAUGUGGAGUUUUGAAAAAGAUGAAAUGUCAUUCUGAGAGCGCAAAUUCUCAGGAACCGACACCACUGAGGAUACGUUUGGGUUUAAUCAAGUUUAUAUUAAGUGUCACCUAAAAUGGAGUCAUUCUUUCUUUACCUUGCAAGGAAUCGAACCCACGUGGGUGGCUCAGUUGGGGUGAGCUUUGAAUGACUUGCUGACUGUCUGGAUGCUCUUGUAAAUAAAGAUUUCUAUUUAAACCUCA